AUGGAGUCUCUUAGCACUACCAAGCUUCCCUUCUCAUUGCCUUAUUGUUUGGUGCUUUUUUGUAUCACAACCACCUUGUUGAACCAAGUUCAGGCCACUAAAGUUUGUAGAUUUCCAGCCAUCUUCAACUUUGGUGACUCCAACUCCGAUACUGGUGGCUUUGAUGCUUCUUUGUUUGAACUAACACUACCUUAUGGUCAGACCUAUUUUCAUAGACCAGCAGGAAGGGGUUCUGAUGGCCGUCUCAUCAUCGAUUUCAUAGCUCAAAGUUUUGGACUUCCCUAUCUUAGUGCAUAUCUUGAUUCUCUGGAGGCUAACUUUACGCACGGAGCAAACUUCGCAGCAGUGGCAUCAACGAUCUUACCUCCACCUAGUGUUAUGCCCGUGGGUCGUUUCAGUCCUUUCUACCUUGAUAUGCAAUACUCUCAGUUCACAAGAUUCAUUCCCAGAACGCAAUUUAUCAGCCAACAGGGAGGAGUAUUUGCAAGCCUGGUGCCCAAAGAAGAGUAUUUUGGUCAAGCUUUGUACACAUUCGAUAUCGGUCAAAAUGAUCUUAACGCUGGCGUUUUUACUAACAAGACUGUGGAGCAGAUUAAUGCUUCCAUCCCCGAAAUAAUCAGUGCUUUCUCAACAAAUGUCAAGAACAUAUACAAUUUGGGAGGUAGAUCGUAUUGGAUUCACAAUACAGGACCUUUUGGAUGUCUCCCUGAUACUUUGACCAAAUUCUCAUCUAUUGAAAAAGAUGCGUCGGGUUGUGCAAAGUCAUAUAAUGAACUAGCUCAAAACUUCAAUCACAAGUUGAAGGAAGCCGUAGUUCAACUUCGAAAGGACCUCCCUUUAGCUGCCAUCACAUACGUAGAUGUCUACUCCGUCAAGUAUUCUCUGAUCAGCGAUGCGCAGAAAUAUGGUUUCGAGAAACCACUUGUGGCAUGUUGUGGAUAUGGGGGGGAGUACAAACACGGCGAUGUUAGGUGUGGAAACACAGUGACUGUGAAUGGUACUGAGAUUUUUGUGGGAUCAUGUGAAAACCCAUCAACUCGAAUAAGUUGGGACGGAGUUCAUUACACAGAGGCAGCUAACAAAGUCGUCUUUGAACAAAUCUCAAGUGGGGCUUUCUCAGAUCCCCCCCUUCCCUUGAACAAGGCAUGUUACAGAAAUCAUCAAUAGAUUGUAAACUCGUGAUCUCUGGCAGCCAAUCAAUUCAGCUGUAUCAUAUUUGAUAACGUCACGCCGGUGCGUUUGGUUGGAACUUGGAAGGGAAGUAAUCUUGUUUACUUCAAGAGGAGUGGGGA